AUGAAUCCUCGAUUUUCAGACAACGAAGAUGUUGUCAUGGAAAUACUCUUGCGUCUGCCAUUGAAGUCUCUCUUCAGAUUCAAGACAGUACAAAAAUCAUGGAACACCAUUAUUUCCAUGCCGAUUUUCGCAAAAUUGUACGUCGAAUCCGGUCGUGAAUUGAACCUUAAUUCCGAUUUUCUUCACAAAUCGCCGAUUGACAGCGGCGAAAUAUGUUGUCCGAAAAUCUCGGGACCAGUUAAAGAUCUAAUCUGCAUCUACAACGUUUACGCGACGCAAAGAAUCGCCAUAUUCGACCUUUCUGCUGUUAAAAUGGAAAUUAUCGAGCUUCCGAUACACACAUGGCAUAUUCUCCGCAGCAUUGGGUUCGGUUUCAACGAUAGGGACAAUGAAUUAGUUGUGGUGCAAUUGUUGUCUUGUACAGGUGGCAUAGGAUCGAGAGGCUAUAUCGAUAAACGUGUGGAUCUAUAUUUCGGUAAUAAAAAAUCGUGGAGUAAAUGUAAGCAUCAUCUUGAUGACUUGACUAUCAAGAAAGCAAUCGGGACAUGCAAGAAUGGAUCCUUUUGCUUUUGGCUAGUGGAAACGCAACCGUACAAUAGUGGUCGUUUUAUGUGUGUAUUGUCGUUCGACUUCAACAACCGCCGAUUUAGAAAAGCUCGAUUUCCGCGGCUUUUUUACGACGGUGCGCUCGACGGGAAAAAAGAGAAAAUCAAGAUUUUUGUUAAUGAUAACUCACUUGUCCUAUUUAGUUACCCGAUUUUAGGAGGUAAACUUUUGGGGAGAUGGGUGUUGAAUGUUUCUGGGAUGAUAGGGGAAUGGACCAAAUUGCCCUCCAUUGGACCUUUUUCGCAAUUGUCGAAGCCGGUUGCUACAUGGGAGAAUCAUGGGAUUUUUUUGAAGUGUAUUGAUCGUGAGGGAAAGACGUACUUUGUUUUUUACGAUUAUGCCACUCGAGAAAUAAGAAACAUUGAGAUUCCGCGGAAGAAGCACGAUCGUGUCAAGGUUGUUGAGUACAAAGGGAACCUUGUUUCGAUACGUACGUGA